GAAUCAACAACCACCUACCACCUCCUCAAAUCCAACCUCGGCGCCGGCGUCCUCCUCUACCUCUCCGCCGCCUGCACCCGACUCCUCCCACCACCCGAACUCUCCCUCUUGCCCCUACUCCAAACACUCACCAAAGUCCUCUUCAUCUCCACAUGUCACCAAUACUCCUGGGAUAUCGUCAACCAACUUACCUCCGUCGACGAGGACAGGAUUAAUAAACCACACAGGCCGAUUCCAGCUGGUCGACUUCGCUUGGCGGCAGCGAAGUGGAGAUGGUUGAUUAGUUGGACACUUUCCCCCGCCAUCAUUUAUACAUUUCUGAACACUCAAGCGCUGGUUAUAUUCCUCCUUUCGGAGGUGCUGAUCGGCAUAUACUACGUCUAUCCUCGCCUCGACCACUGGAUAUUCCGGAAUAUAUUCCCCGCUCUGUGGACGUUCUUCUCGUUUCGGUUGCUGGAUAGUAUUAUCUGUGAGACGUAUCCACAGUUGUCGGCUCAUCCGAAGAUAGAUAUCAUUCUCUCGCUAUGGGUUCUCAGCACGAUUCACAUCCAGGAGUUUCAUGACGUGGAUGGUGAUCGGAAGAUAGGGCGGAGGACGCUGCCGGUGGUGUGUACUGGGUCUGGUAUGAGGGUGUUGAGAUGGGUAACGGCGGCGCUGAUUAUUGGUGGUGGGUUAGGGGUGGUUGGGUGGGGGUGGGUGCGGUUUUUGAAGACAUUUCCGGCUGAUUUCAGGGGAGUUGGGUUGGUGCUGACGGGGGUGUUUCAUUUGUUUGGGGCGGUGGUGGUUGGUGUGAGGUGUGUGAAGAGGACGUCGCCGGAUGGGGAUGAGAGGACGUAUAAGGUGUUUUAUAUUUUGACGGCGUAUUGGUUGGUGUAUUUUUUGUCGUUG